GGACGGGAAAUCCGAGUGACGCAACAAGCUGUCAGCUGUUCUUGUUUUGCUUCGGGUUUUUUCCCUUCUUCUUUCUCCAGAGUGUCUGAUAUCUUCUGCACUAAAUAAGAACAUUUAUGGAACUCAGAUUUGGAUUCUAAAAACACCGGAAAUAAGGAGUUCAAAACACUCAAGCCUAUGAUUAGAUCGGUUUAUUGUUAAAAAGGCGAUCGAGAUUUCUUCUCAGCUGGAUCCUCAAUCCGACACUAUCGUGCCAAGAGGCAAAGCCGAUCCCAGGCCUCCGAUCCAGGGCGGAGGGAGGGAAAGAGGUCGCUGGGAAUCGGGAUGGAGACGGGAGAGGGAGCAGACGGUCCUAGCGGACCGGGUGAACCGGGAGCCGGGCCGGGGACGGAGCUGACGGGGCUUGGCUGCGCCUCUUUCAACCAAGACUCCACGUCAUUGGCGGUGGGAACCAAGACAGGCUAUAAGCUGUUCUCUGUGACCUCAGUGGACAAACUGGACUGCAUCUACGAGAGCGAGACCCCAGACGUGUACAUCGUGGAGCGGUUGUUCUCCAGCAGUCUGGUGGUGGUGGUCAGUCUCUCCAUACGCAGACGGAUGAACGUCUACCACUUCAAGAAGGGAACGGAGAUCUGCAACUACAGCUACAGUAACAACAUCCUCUCUGUCAGACUCAACAGACAGAGGCUGGUGGUGUGUCUGGAGGAGUCAGUGUACAUCCACAACAUCAAAGACAUGAAGCUGCUGAAGACCCUUCUCAACACGCCCUCCAACCCUUCAGGUCUGUGUGCUCUGUCCAUCAACCAUUCCAACUCGUACCUGGCCUACCCAGGCAGCUCCACCAUCGGAGAGAUCAUAGUUUAUGAUGCCAACAACCUGAGCACUGUGACAAUGAUCCCGGCCCAUGACAGUCCCCUGGCUGCUCUCACCUUCAACUCGUCAGGCACCAAGCUGGCCAGCGCCUCGGAGAGGGGUACUGUAAUCCGCGUGUUCUCCAUCCCAGAGGGACAGCGUCUGUUUGAGUUCCGCAGAGGGAUGAAGAGGUACGUCAAUAUCAGUUCCCUGUCCUUCAGUCCUGACGCCCAGUUCCUCUGUGCCUCCAGCAACACUGAGACCGUACACAUCUUCAAACUGGAACAGCACGGACCCAGUGGGGAGGAGGAGUGUCCUACCUGGGGAUCCUAUGUAGGGAAGAUGUUCUCUGCAGCCAGCAGCUACCUCCCAGCCCAGGUGUCUGGAGUGAUGAGUCAGGAAAGAGCCUUCGCCACUGUACGCCUCCUAGUGGCCGGGCAGAGGAACGUCUGUACCCUCGCCACGAUCCAGAAGCUUCCUCGUCUGCUGGUGGCCUCCUCCGACGGACAGCUGUUCAUCUAUAACGUCGACCCUCAGGAUGGAGGAGAGUGUGUCCUGGCUCAGAAACACAGAUUGUUUGGUGAGGAUGAGGACAAGGAGGAGGGGGUGGAGUCAGAAGGGUCAGAGGUCACGGUGCCCGUCCAGGCAUGUCCAUCAUACGCCGCCACUGUUGCCAUACCAACCACCGGUCCAGUCACUACCACGCUUACAGGUUACUCUGAGGAUGGUGGGGCUAAGAAGGGCGAGGUGAUCCCAGAACAUGAGUUUGCCGCUGGUCCCGUCUGUCUGGAUGAUGAGAACGAGUUUCCUCCAAUAAAUUGGUGCCGCGACGGAACUCGAGGUGGCCAGGGGCGUCGUCUGUGAGGGUAGAACGAAGGAAGGAAGGACAGGAGGACAGACAGGCGGGCGGACAGACAGACAGA